AUGGCUUCACAAUCGUCCGACCCGCAAACGAACGGCGUGCCAGCCUCCUCAGGCGCCUCCAGCUCACAAACCGUGAACAACACGCAAGCGACCGCAGCCACGACAGGCUCGCAGCCGCCCUCCCAGUCCCAACCGACGCAAUCCACCACACAAGCGCAAUCGCAACAACCAAACAACCAAAACGCACAGCAGCAGCAACAGCAACACCAGCAGCAGUCAUCUUCAUCAAAUCCCCUCGGGAGCAACGCAUCGGCCCCGCGCCCCCGCGACUCGCGCAUGAUCGAGCUCCUCCUCACCUCCCAGGGCGUCACGUCGUACGAGGCUCGCGUGCCCCUCCUCCUCCUCGACUUCGCAUACCGCCACACCUCGAGCAUCCUCGGCGACGCAAUCUACCUUUCCGGGGACCCCUACGUCGCCCAGGCCGGCUCCAAGCCAACGGCCGGUGCCGCGGCGGCCGCCGCCGGCACGGGUGACGCUGCCGUGACCGCCAACGCAGUCAAGCUCGCCAUCUCGGCGCGCUUGGGAUACCAGUUCCGUGGGGGCGGCGGCGCGGGAGGCGUGUCCAAGGACUGGCUGCAGGAGCUCGCCCGCGAGCGGAACAAGGUCCAGCUGCCCAAGGUCGCGCAGAACGAGUGGGGCCUGAGGCUGCCGAGCGAGCGCUUCGUGCUCAGCGGCGUCAGCUGGGGCCUGAAAGAUGUCUGGGAGGAGGCCGGCAUCGAGGACGACGAAGAGGAAGAGGACGACGCUGGUGCAGGUGCCAUGGAGGGUGUGGAGACGACGAACAACCAGAACGACGCUGCGGAUGAGGAUAUUGGCGGAGACGGCGUCGAGGGAGGCACGAUGGAGGAUGUGUUUGGCAAGGAUGUGAACGAAGAUGCGGACAUGGGAGGGACGUCUUAG